AUGAAACCGCAAUACUAUGACUGUACCGAAGAUCUUGACGAUUAUCUGUCUCAAUUUGAGAUAUUAGCUGAGUUGAAUGCAUGGAAUUAUGUCACCAGAUCUCUGUAUUUAGCUGGUAGCCUCAAAGGUGAUGCUAGAACCUUGUUGUCGGAACUUUCCCCAAUGGAAAGGAAAGAUUAUCAAAGCUUGCUUGAGGCCUAUAGGGUUGCUGAUAAACAGAAGACCAAUCGGUAUCGUGGUCAUCCAAUAAAUGCAGUAGCUACUAAUGAGUCGGCUUGUCUUGAUGAUCCUGAGUCCUUUACAAAGACUUUCAUGGAUGGUUUUCGCCAGGAAAUGAAGUCCUUGACUAAUGACAUCAAGCAAGUUGUCAAAUCAGCUCAGGGUACUCAACCUGGAAAAACAAAUGAUAAUUAUAGCAAUAAUAAACAAUGGUCAAAUAAUUAUCAAAAUAAGGGUAAUUAUCAGAACAGGAAUAAUAACAAUGGCUCUGGAAAUAAUAAUAGAAGCAAUAGUUAUAAUGGUCAGAAUAAUAACAAUGACAGGAACCAAAAUGGUCGCAAUGACCGAAAUGGCAAUACAGCUCAAAAUUAUGAGCAGGGAUACUCGGGAAACCAGGACUUGUCGAACACGGGGGCCGGUGUGAGACAAAUGAGUCAGGGCCCAGGAUAG